AAUUACAAACCUGUUAUUUUAACAUUUCCGUGAAUGAACUAUCAAUCUCCUUACAAUUGUGAUAUUGUCAUAGAUUUGAGAGAAGCGAUCGGAUGGAAUCGUUUGAAUCUGCAUAUAAUUGGUAUCUGGCCGGAACCGAUGGUGCAACAGGAUCGUAUGGCGGAUCUCCGAGCUUUCCUAUCCGUCUUCUGCAUCCUUAUGUUUACCACCAUAUGGCAAAGUAUAAAUUUGUUCAGAUUGGACGGAGACGUCGGACAGAUCACGCAGACAUUGUCUUUGGCUAACAUUCCAACCUACAAUGCCGCCAUGAAGGUACUCGUCGUCUGGUAUUACCGAGAAGGUAAGACUAAAAAUCUUAAGCCCCUUAUUAAAUCGUUUUACGACGACUGGUACGCUCCGAAGACCGAGGAAGAGAGAACAACAAUGAUGAACAGCGCGAAACUCUCGAAAUACUUAUCCAUCUGGUGUACGAUUUUGACUCAGUGCAUGGUGACUGCCUUCAUCGGAACACGAACGUACUCGAUCGUCACAAGUGACGUACGCACGAAGCGUCAGGAUCACUUGGUCAUUUAUCCCGGAUACUACCCUUUUAAUAUGAGACAAACGUCGGUCAGGAUAAUAACGAACGUGGCGCAAGUAGUGGCUGCCUACUGCUGUACCUUCCCUUACACCGGCGUCGACAUUUUCAUAGCUAUGCUAGUGUUGCACCUCUGCGGGCAAUUCCAAAAUUUAAAGAGGAAACUGGAAAACUUGAUGGACGAAGCAGACGGGACCAGAAAAUCUAGCGACAUUCAGAAGGAGCUGACUUGGAUCGUCAAGAGACACGAACAUCUGAACUGGUGA